AUGUCCGGCGCGCCCUCACGCCUCAAGUCCAUCUUGGGCCAUCUCACAAGUUCAAAGACGACACCCUCCGAUGCGCCACACCUCCACCACCUCUCGCCCACAUUUUUCCUGGAGCGCGCAGCGGCCAUCGAACCUGAUGCUCAAGCCAUCUAUCAUGUCACGGCUAACAACGUCCCGCUAAGCCGGACGUAUGCUGAAUUCUCCGAGCGCACGCGGGGGCUGGCGUACUAUCUCCAGAGUCACGGCUACAGACGCGUGGGAGUAUUGGCACCCAACACGCCAGCGUUCCUCGAGGCUAUCUAUGGCAUCGUUGCCGCGGGAGGUGUCAUCGUUCCGGCCAAUUAUCGUCUGAAGGAGGAAGACAUCGCAUACAUCUUUGAGUUUGCAGAGGUUGAUUGCAUCAUUGUCGAUCAGGAGUUUGUGCAUCUCUUGGACUACUUUCGGAAAAGCAACCAAAAAGUGCCAUUCUUGGUAGACACGGAUACGGAUGCCGACACUGGACCAUAUGACCAGGCCCUCCAACAGGGCCUCGAGCAUGCUCGCACUGCGAACCUCCAUGGCUGGACCGGCCUGCAAUGCCACGCCACGGAUGAGGACUCGAUGCUCGCCAUCCCCUUCACAUCCGGGACCACCAGCCGUCCCAAGGGAGUCAUGUACACCCACCGAGGAGCCUACCUCGCUGCACUCGGCAACGUCAUUGAGUCAAACCUCAGCGCCGGGCGCUGUCGAUAUCUAUGGACUUUGCCCAUGUUUCACGCCAUCGGGUGGACAUUCCCCUGGGCCGUCGUCUCUGUGAGAGGACUCAACGUCUGCCUGAGGAAAAUCGACUAUCCACUCAUAUGGAAACUCCUAAAGGAGCAAAAGAUUACGCACUUCAACGCCGCACCGACAGUCAACACUUUGCUUGUGGCCGCCAAGGAAGCCGAGAGGCUCGAGCAGGAAGUCCGGGUGACGGUAGCAGCAAGCCCCCCUAGCGGGCAUCUGUUUGAGCAAAUGUCAAAUCUGAAUCUGAAACCAGUGCACGUGUAUGGCUUGACGGAAACCUACGGCCCCAUCACAAAGUCAUAUCCCAUGCCUUCGUGGGAUGACCUCUCGGCCCAGGAGAAGUAUGCCAAGAUGGCUCGUCAAGGUCACGGCUUCAUCGUCUCCCUGCCCAUCCGCGUCAUCAAGCCCGAGCAGCCACCCGGCGUGCUUAUUGACGUCGCCAAGAACGGUGCUGAAGUGGGUGAGAUUAUCUUCUCCGGCAACAUCUGUGCAAAGGGCUACUACAAGGACGAAGAGGCGACCAAGAAGCUGUUUGACGGUGGCUGGCUCCAUUCCGGGGAUCUCGCCGUGUGGCACCCCGACGGCAGCGCCCAAAUCUUUGACCGGGCCAAGGACAUCAUCAUUUCCGGCGGGGAGAACAUCUCCAGCGUGGCGCUGGAAAGUAUGCUCGUGGAGCACGAAGAUGUUCUCGAGGCAGGUGUCGUCUCCGUCCCGGACGAGCAAUGGGGCGAGCGGCCGAAAGCGUUCAUCACGGUCAAGGAGGGGAAGAGCGUCAAGGGCGAGGACAUUAUUGCAUGGGCCAAGAACUCGAGUCGGAUCAGUCGCUUCAUGGUACCCAGGGAGGUCGUCGUCGUCAAGGAGCUGCCCAAGACGAGCACGGGCAAGAUCAAGAAGAAGGACCUGCGUGAGUGGGCGUCGCAAGAGUAG